AUGGUAAAAGCUAAAUUCUUUAAACGAAAUGGUGGUCUUCUCUUGCAACAACAGACAAAUAAAGGUGCGUUUGGAAAAACAAAAGUUUUCCCAGCAAAGGAGUUGGAGGUGGCUACAGAUAACUUUAAUGAGAGCAGAAUUAUUGGACAAGGAGGGCAAGGCACAGUCUAUAAAGGGAUGUUAUAUGAUGGUAAGAUUAUAGCGAUAAAAAAAUCAAAGUUGGUUGAGGUGAAUCAAUUGGAACAAUUUAUAAAUGAAGGGGUGAUACUAUCACAGAUAAAUCAUAGGAAUGUGGUCAAAUUAUUGGGGUGUUGUUUGGAAACUGAGGUUCCUCUGCUUGUUUACGAUUUCAUGCGAAACGGGACACUAUUUGAUCUAAUACAUGAUCCAAGUAGUGAAUUUCCAUGUACAUGGAACAUGCGUUUGAAAAUCGCAGCAGACAUAGCUGGGGCAGUGGCGUACUUACACUCUGCAUCUUUUGUGCCUAUCUAUCACAAGGAUAUCAAGUCUACUAAUAUCCUCCUAGAUGAAAAGUUUGUUGUCAAAGUAUCAGAUUUUGGAAUAUCGAGGACUAUUGCUACAUAUCAAACUCACUUAACUACUCUAGUUAAAAGGGAUGUUUGGAUAUCUUGA